CAAAGAUGCUAGACUUCAGAUUUGUUUUGCUCCUCUUUCCAGUAAGCCUAACAGCAAUGCAGAAAAGUAACAAACGUGUGUUUGGUAAACUUGGAGGAACUGUAAAUAUGUCUUGCUUUUUUCAGAGCCAAAUGGCCAUGCACUUCUCCUGGUACAAGCAUGAACCUGGGCAGAAUCCCAGGCUAAUCUCCACCAUUUACAAGUAUAAUCAGAUAACCACGUUUUACCACAAUUUUAAGAAUAAUAGCCGCUUUUCUGUGAUGAAUGAAAAAGGGGUACAUCAGCUGGUGAUAAGUAACCUACAGUCCUCAGACUCUGCGACAUACUACUGUGGAAGCGCUUAUUCCAAUGUAAUGGAAUUUGUUCAUGGGACAAAGUUAAUAGUUGAAGGGUUACAAGGCCACAUUGAUAUACAACAUCAUGAUAUAUUUCCAGUUCAUCCAGGAGACAAUAUACAUCUGAAGUGCACAGUUCUUAAUCAGAACUGUGAGGGCAACCAGACUGUAUACUGGCUUAUACACGAAUCACGAGAAUCUCAUCCAAGAAUUAUCAAAGUACAUGAAAUGAGUGUUGACCAGUGUAAGCGGAGCUUGGAGACACGUAUAUGUGUCUACAACUUCACUAAGAGGAACCUAAGCUUUUGUGAUGUUGGAACUUACUUCUGUGCUGUUGUUGCAUGUGGGGAGAUAUUCUUUGGAAAUGGAACUAAACUGGACAUUCUAGCAAUUUCAGGUGCGGAUUCCACAGAACAGAUGACAACUUUCGUUCUGCUUUCCAUCAUUAGAACUCUCCUUCUUUUAAUCAUUAGCAUCACUUUUUAUUUUUGGUACUGUGUGAAUUCAAGAAGAAUUACAAGAGCUGGUUCUUCACAAUCGGACAAGGCUUUUCGAAAAAGACGAUAAUCUACUUAUGAAAUCAGCUUGUGAUCAUUCAUAAUAUAUCACUGCAAUUUUUGAAUGUGAUGAAUUAGCUUGCUAACUACAUGUGUUAUUUAUUAA